AUGUUAUUUAAGAUUAUACAAAAUCAUCUAUAUUUGUUUAUUUACCUACUAUGCAUUUCAAAUGUUAACGCAAAAUCACCUUUCAAUUCUUCAUUUACACCAGAACAUUUAAGAUACCUAAAAAACGAAACAAAGUAUUUAUUUAAGCAUGCAUGGAACUCGUAUAUGGAAUUUGGUUUUCCUUAUGAUGAAGUUCGUCCUUUGACCUGUGAACCUUAUGGACCAGAUUAUAAAGACUAUAUGAAUACAGUUAGGAACGAUGCUAUGGCUAAUAUAUCACUGACAGUUUUAGAUAAUUUGGAUACUUUAAUAAUAAUGGAGCAAUGGGAUGAUCUAGACUAUGUUUUGAGGUAUUUGAAAUGUAAACAAAAGGAUUUUUUCAAUAAAGAUUCAAUUGUACAAGUAUUUGAGACUACUAUUCGAUUUUUAGGUGGUCUUAUGAGUGCUCAUUUGAUAUUAACUGAUGUUAAAUUUAAAACUACUACUAGUCCGAAAUUUACUAAAAUAAAGGAUGAAUAUGACGGAUUUUUGUUGGAUAUGGCUUAUGAUUUAGGUUUAAGAUUAAUUCCAUCUUAUAGAACUUCAACCAAUGUACCAGUCCCACGUAUCAACCUAGCCAAUGGAUUGAAAAAUGUUCCACCUGUUUUACAAAAAGAUGCAUGUACAUCUGGUGUCACUACGCCAGUAUUAGAAUUUACCUUACUUUCAAAACUAACUGGAGAUUAUCAAUUUGAAUAUUAUUCACAAUUGUCUUUUUGGAAAUUAUGGUCUUCAAAACUGUCGCUAAAUUUAAUGCCAAUGACAAUUGAUCCCGCGUCAAAUCAAUGGAAAGAUUCGAUUACUGGAAUAGGUGCUUCUAUUGAUUCAUUUUAUGAGUAUGCUGCUAAAGCCUCAAUCAUAUUUGAUGACAAAUACAUGUGGUCUGUAUUCAAGGCAUCUUAUCAAGCUUUAUUAACUCAUCUGGCUCAAGGGGGUGAUGGAGCUAUGAUUUUUCCUAAUGUAGGUACCGAAGAUGGUGUGGUAUUUAGCGAUUGGAUUGAUUCGUUAGGUGCAUUUUGGUCAGGUUUACAAGUUUUGACUGGACAAUUAUCAGAUGCGAUAAAGACUCAUGUUGUUUAUUUGAAAAUCUGGGAUUAUUUUGAUCUGAUACCUGAAAGAUGGAUCUACGCUCAUCACAACAAGAAGAAUAAAAAAAAAAUUUACAGAGCUGAAGAUUCUAUUGAAUUAGAAUGGUAUCCCUUACGACCUGAAUUUAUUGAGAGUAGUUAUUACCUUUACCGUGCAACAAAAGAUCCAAUGUAUUUACAAAUUGGUGAAAGAGUCUUGAAUUUAUUUCAAGACAAAUUUAAAGCACCUUGUGGAUUCAGUGGUAUUCAAGACAUAAAAACUGGUAAGAAACAAAAUAGAAUGGAAACUUUUGUUAUGGGUGAAACAUUGAAAUAUUUGUAUUUAUUGUUUGAUACGAAUGACGAAGUAUUUUUGCAUAGUCCAGCGAUGAAUUCUAAGAACUGGGUGUUUUCAACUGAAGCCCAUCCAUUAUGGUUUCACAAAGGAUUAGCUGAUGAGAAUUAUAAUUUUGGUGCUCAAAAUUUGAGUGCUUUGACUAAUGAUAAAUUUAAGUAUACACCAGCAGUUGUGAAAAACAUAACUGUAUCAUCACCUUACAUGUUCAAUAUUCCAGAUGAAAAUGAUGCCAUUCAACAUAUAGGUAAAAAAGACCCAUUUUCUGGUCGUUUUGAUAUUUGUGAAUUAAAUCCACUCAAGAAAUCAUCCAAAUCUUUACUACAAUCAAGUUAUUACGAUUGGCCCUAUCUAUUCAAUUCUGACUAUUCAUUUUCCAAGUCAUUAAAAAAACCACUGCAUAUUAAUAAGUCAAACCUUGAUGGUAGCUAUAUUGAAUUGACUAGAGACUUUUUUGACAAGUUCACAACAUUUAACACUUCACUAACUUGUCCUAGAACUUAUAAUACUCAGAUAUACGAGAUAUUCUGGGGUGAUAUAAAAUCAUGUGGGAAUACUGAAAUUUCCCAAAUUAUAUAUAAGAGACCAAAUACCACAGAGUCCAUCAUCCUAGAAGACGAUUUGUGGGUACCAAGUUUACAAGGUUUGAGAAUAAUAUUUGAAGAAUUAGUUGCUGGUUCAAUUGAUUCAAGAAAUGAGGUAAUAACCAAUGAGUAUAUUUCAUUAAUACAAAGUGACGAUGAUGAAGAUGCAAACAUGUAUAAAAAGAAAGAUUCCGUUUUAAGAAUUAAAAAGAUUAAUGGGGUUUCUUUAAGAUAUGGUUCCCUAGUUUGGACCUUACCUUUUGUACCAAACGCCAAUGAUAAUGGUGAAGUUAGAGUUACGAGCGAAGGAAGAGUCGUGAUUCAAGGUAAAGUUAUAGAGAAUUUGGUGGUUUGGUAUGGUUAG